CAUCCUAUCGGUUCUGUGCGGGAAACUUAGUUGUUCCCGAGUCAUAUGAAGGAUUGGUUCAAAAUGAACAUGAACAAAUGGUUGAUUUGACGGAAGUGUAACGAAAUACGCUUUCAAUCGUCCUCUAAUGCUUCAGGGAGCUCGCUUUGCGAUUUGAGGAUAUCUGCAUGUUGUCUGCGUUUUACUCUUAGGAGCUUGAUUUGGACAACGAGGAGCAAGCAGCAGUGGAAUUGUUUGAAGAGCUCCUGGAGGUGUACUUAAAAGAGACACUGGUGUACUCACUGAGGAUUCUGCUUUGAGAUUACUGGGAUUUAAAAAAAAAUCAUUUCAACUUGUGAAACGUCAUUGUCUGGCUGUUUUCACACUAGAAAUCAACACAGAGGGAUUUGUGCAGAAUGGGCAAGGGCAGAAUUCACUACUGCUCACAAUGUGGGAAGAGUUUUGCCAGCCUGAGUAAUCUCAAUCAACACAUGCGCAUUCACACAGGAGAGAAACCAUUUUGCUGUUCACACUGUGGAAAGAGUUUUGCCCAGCCAAGUAUUCUCAAACAACACAUGCACAUUCACACAGGAGUGAAGCCUCAUUGUUGCUCACACUGUGGAAAGAGUUUUAGGAAAAAAAUUAAUGUAAAACUUCAUGAGCGCAUUCACACAGGAGAGAAGCCGUAUCACUGCUCAGACUGUGGGAAGAGUUUUACACAGCCAAGUGCUUUAAAAUCUCACCAGAGCAUUCACACAGGAGAGAAGCCAUAUUGUUGCUCACUCUGUGGGAAUAGUUUUAGACAUUUAAACACUUUAAAAAUUCACGAACGCAUUCACACAGGAGAGAAGCCAUAUUACUGCUCACACUGUGGAAAGAAUUUUGCACAUUCACAUAAUUUAAAAAGCCACCAGCUCAUUCACACUAAAGAUAAGCAACAUCCAUGCUCACACUGUGAGAAGAGUUUUACACAGCUAAGUGCUUUAAAAACUCACCAGCGCAUUCAUACAGGAGAGAAGCCAUAUCAGUGUUCACACUGUGGGAAGAGUUUUAGACAGCUAAGUGCUUUAAAAACUCACCAGCGCAUUCACACGGGAGAGAAGCCCUAUUACUGUUCAUACUGUGGGAAGAGUUUUACACAGUCAAAUACAUUAAAAAAUCACCAGCGCAUUCAUACGGGAGAGAAGCCAUAUCGAUGCUCACAAUGUGGGAAUAGUUUUACACAAUCAGGUGCUUUAAAAACUCACCAACGCUUGCACACAGGAGUGAAACCAUGUUACUGUACACACUGUGGGAAGACUUUUACCUGUUCAAGUGCUUUGAAAAAGCACCAGCUUAUUUACAAGAGCAAGAAAUGUACUGCUGAUCACAAUGUGUGAAGUGUUGUACAGAUUUAAGUAAGUACAUUUAUACGAAAUAAAGUACGUUUUAAAAGGCAUCAGAAGAUUUAUAGAAAGGAGAACUCAUACUAUAUACACACAGUAUAUAUAUAUUUUUUACUCAUGCUCUGAAUCUGCAGUGAUUGUAAAGACUUCCACUACCUGAUAAGAAGGAAGACAUGAUAGACUUAUAAGAUUUAGUGAAUCAAAUUUUGUCUGCCAUGUUUACUGUAUACUGUUUUAAAUAACAAAUGUAUUCACUUGUCCAGAAAAGUUUACUUAAGAACAAAUUUAAUUUUUGUAUUUUACACUAAUAAUUUUCCCUUCUAAAAAAAAAAAAAAAAAACCCUUCUAUGUUACAACUCUCAGAGUGUAGGUAUGAACUCACUAUUCAGUAUGUUCAGUCUGUGUAGGUUGGUUCAUUAUAGACUCCAGUCUAAGCCUUACUCUGUGCAGCCAAAACCUAGACUGGUCUGUAACAGUGUACCAUUGUAAAAGUGGUGUUCUGGCUGUGAAUGUAAUUUAAAAUAAACUUUACGUUAUUGACUGCAAUCUUUUCUAUAUAAUUAUAUAGCUUAAUUUUCCAUUUCUUCUCUAUGAUUCAAGCAAAUACCUCCAUCUCUGCUAAGUUUGCUAUUUCUCAAAUGCCUUGCGGAAAGUCACCAGGUCCAGGUGGCCCCACGACAGAGUUCUAUAAAUUCUUUUGGGCCGAUAUUAAAGAUCUUAUAUAUGAUGCUUUUAAGGAGUGUAUUAAUAAUUCUGUUUUGUCACCAGCAAUGAAAAAAGGUAUAAUUAUGCUGAUAGCCAAACCAAACAAAGAUAAAAUGUCCAUGGACAAUUGGAAACCUAUUACACUUCUUUAUUGUGAUUAUUAGCUUUUUGCACUUGUUUAUGCUAAUAGAUUAAGGACUGGCUUUUUAAAAAUAAUUGAUGAAACUCAGUCAGCAUUUAUAAAAGGAAGACAUUCAUAAUCAUAUUCGCUUAGUUUUAGAUAUGCUUGAUUAUAAUUCACUGAUCUCGCAUGAUAGCUUU